AAUGGUAAACAAUCACAAUCUUGGUCACAACAAAAAGCAAAAAAAAAUAAUAUUCUGCCACCUAGCCAUAACAGGAUAAUAUUAUAUUUCCGAAAUAUUGUAGUUUUUUCGUGUUUUCAACCAGUAACAACAUCAGAAAUUUUCUAAAUAUUCAGUGUAUCGAUGUGUAACAAAAAACUACAUUGAAAAAGUUGCUACCGAUGAACCCCAGCAUGGACGAUUGCAGUUUUUGCGCCAACCCAUGCAGUGGACCGUUUCGUCACAUUCUGAGCGUGGCCGAGGAAUUCCGAUCGGAUUUGGAACCGGUGCUGGUGGAAUUGAAAACGACUUCACUUCCGCUCGGCGCGGAGGGGUAUCAGACGUGCGAUAAAUGUCGGCGGAGAAUAAUCACGUCGUAUCGCAUCCCGGAGAGUUGCUUCCAGAUUAUGCCCAGCUCGGAAGUGGUCAGUAUCAAGGUGGAACCCGAGGUGGAUUUCGAUAGCCUAAGGCGAACCGACGGAAGCGAUGACGAAGAUUAUGAGCUGCUUCCGCUUGAACCGGAAACGGAACUGCGGAUCGAUGAGGACGCUGCGGAUGGGUUCAUGUUUAACGGAUUGGACGAUCGGUUAACGGUGCAGGGAAGUGAUGUGCGCUUGGAAACGCUUGGGAAAGCGCCAAAGAUUAAGGCUAAGCGAGGGAAGCAUAAGCUGGACGAAUCAGUUUCCUAUGGCGUCAUGAUUAAGAAAGACCGAGCUUUCCCCAUCCGACACAGAUGUCCGUUUUGCAAUAAGGGCUUUUCGGAUAAAUAUCUAAUGACCACACACGUCCGGUGGCAUACAGGUGAAAAACCGUUCAAAUGCGAGUUCUGCGAUAAGGGAUUCUGUGAGAAUUCCAAACUGAAACUCCAUAGGAGAACUCACACAGGAGAACGACCAUACGUGUGCCCAUACUGUUCCAAAAGUUUCACCCAGUCGGUAACGCUCAAGAUCCACAUACGGAUCCACACCCGGGAGACGCCAUACGUGUGUGAAAUCUGCAACCGCGGGUUCACCCAGUCGUACAAUCUGACGCUGCACCUUCGCAAUCAGCACAACGAGGUGAUAAUCUACCGCGGUCGAGAGGUGGGAAUCCUUCCGGAGUACAAAUGCGAACACUGUGGGAAAAUCUACCGGUCGCCCAAAAGUUUCCAGCUGCAUGUCAAGCUGCACGGGGCUGGGAAGCUGUUCGACUGCGAACUCUGCGGCAAACAGUAUACGUUCGUGCACAAAUGUAAGGUUGAGGGCGGCGCGGGUAAAGCCAAGGUUUAUCCGUGCCGCAUUUGUGGGCAGGAGUUCAAGCACCAGCAGAGCGUGGUAUACCACAUGAGCAGUAAGCACAACCAGUUGGGGAACGAGGAAAUGGGUUGGGCGGACAGGGGGUCUGAAGGUUCUAUGUCCUCCGCUGGCAUGGGCCACUUCAUGGAGUCGUCAAUAGUUUCCUGAUUUGGGAAGCGCUUUUAGUUGUUUUUAAUAAUCGGUUAGGAAAUAAAAGUUUGGUUCGAAACUUA